AUGACUACCUCGACUACUUCUAGUAAACCCCCUCUUGCCCCCACUCCUGGACCUUUCUAUGAGGCCUCCUUCCAGAAUACGAUCACCGCAGGGACGGGCUGGGACAAGAAUCUAUCCGAAAUCCUUCAUUCGAAAUUCCGUAUGCCGUACUCCGCGUCUAAGGAGAUAGCAUCUGCAUACGCCGAGCUUUUACAUAUACUCGAGACGUCGGAUGGUAGUUUCGUGGGAUUCUAUUACCGCUCGGAUCUCAAGCAGAUAUUGUCCACUGCCGAAAACUAUGUUCGCUUCAGCAAGUGGUACCGAGAAGACUCGCCGGUGGAUUACAGAGAAUUGGUGAACGAAAUUCGUAGGGUCCCGUCCCGUCCCAAUCAGGAUAUCGUGGACUUCUCCAAGUUCCGCAAUCAAAGUAAAACCAUGAGCUGGAAAAUUGAAACUGAGAUUUCUCUACUAAGAGAUGGGGCGGAGCUCGAACAAAGGUACAAGGAUUUCGAUAAAAGAAGGCUUCUCGCAUUCAUUAUCUGCGUAUCCAAGAUCCUUGCAGAAGUAUCCCUCGCUUUAUUCGCCUUUACGACCCUAUUGGCUGUGGUUUUACCCUGGCAUUGGAGGUUUAUCAUCUCUAAGGCUGGGCUCGCCUUAGCCAUCGGAGCAAUAGCUUAUUUGGGCUUUGACGUGUCUAAACGCAUGCAGAGAUACGUUCUUGCCGUCCAAAACUUGUACAUGCAUCACUUUCUAUUCAUUUGGGGCUGGAACGACUUGAAGGCAUGCCUUACUCAUAUAGCCGAAAAAGAUGUUCCGGUAUCUGACCUGCAGGAUAUGAGGAACUUCGUAUGGUCUUUCCAAUCAUCGUUUUUUGGGAAAGAGGAAGAGUUACAGCGCCUACAGAUGCAAAUAUCUGCUUCGCUAACAUCUGACACCAAGAAGUGGUUUGAAUGGUGACGGUGGGUGACGUGGCUUUGGUAGGAAGAGAAGUACGUUCAAAGUCGUAUUGCUUGCGUAUGGCGUGCUUGGUCUUGAUGGUAUCAACUUGGUAAUAAUUAAAUGCCGGUGGUUGUCAUUUUACUUAGGGUACCACGGCACCGAG